UCAUUUCUAGGUCCCCAAAUCUUUCAACAGAAAUUUUAAAUAAGAAAAUGGACGUUGAUAUGAAAGAAGUUGAAAUUGAAUUUGCUCAACGUCUUGCUAGUGGAGAGCCAACUGUUAGAAAACGAGCUUUAAAAUUGUUGAGAGAACAUGUUAUGGAAGAAUCAAAAAAUGGUUUCACAACAGAUUCGCUCGAUCGUUUAUGUAAAGGUUUACAUUAUGCUUUGUGGAUGCAAGACAAAAUGUUACUUCAAGAAGAAUUAGCGGACAAUAUUUUACAACUUUUGGGACUUUUAAAAGACCAAAACCAAAUUUUUGAGUUUGUUAAAGCUCUUCUUUUUACUUUAUCGAAAGAAUGGCCAAAAAUUGAUCGGUGGAGGAUGGACAAAUUUUUAAUGGUUUUUAAAAUUUUUUUGAGGGGUUUCCACUCUCAUGGAUCCAAAAAAUUGUCGUGGAAUCUUUCUUCUCCUUCUAUAGCUCAAACGAAAAAUUUAUGUUGA